AUGCGCACCUAUACUACCUAUAUUCUCGCCUGCUGCUGCCUCGGCAGUGCGCAGAGCCUGUCUAUGGGCAAGCAUGAAGAGCGGCACGAGACCCACGAGCGCCGCUCUCAGCUUCCUCGCGGCUGGGAGAAGCGCGGCCGGCUUGAUGAUGGGCUGGUCAUCCCACUGCGGAUUGCUCUCACGCAGAGCAACCUGGCUCAAGCCCACGACUAUCUCAUGGACGUGUCACAUCCCAAUUCCGCCAACUCCGGGAAGCACUGGACACCCCAGCAAGUUGCUGAGACCUUCGCGCCCGACGCGACUACAGUCGUGGCCGUGAAGAGCUGGCUCGCAGACGCGGGUAUUCGCAAUGUCGACCUGUCACCAUCCUCGAGUUGGGUGCAGACCAACAUCACCAUCGCCGAGGCCGAGAAGCUCCUGAAAACCUCCUAUUUCGCGUAUCAGCACGAGAGCGGGCAAUACCACGUUGCCUGCGAGGACUACAGUCUGCCCGAGAACCUGCGCCAGCAUGUUGACUUCAUCACGCCCACCGUCCACUUCGACGUCAAGGUUAACCGCAGCAACGCAAAGCGUGCCCUUGAUCCGCACGGAUCGGAGAUUCUCAACCGCCACAUCUCCGAGUCGAAGGCCCGCAAGGCAGCGGAUCUCUAUCGGAGAGGCAUCAACGUCAAUGAGACGUCCACGGACAAUGCUACCGAGUUGGCCCACUGCGACACUCUGAUGGUCCCGGAUUGCCUCCGAGCUCUCUAUGGGAUUCCAGCCGAUGUUCCAGUAGCGGCAAACAACUCAUACGGCAUUGUGGAAUAUAGUCCUCAAGCAUACCUACAGGCCGAUCUCGACGCUUUCUUCAAAAGCUUCGCCCCAGGCCUUGUCGGCCAAAGCCCGAUUCUCGAAUCCAUCGACGGCGGCUUCCCCCAAACGACCACCCAAGACGCCGGCCACAACCAGGAAUCCGACCUGGACCUCGAGUACGCCAUGGCGCUCGUGUACCCGCAGAACGUGACCCUCUACCAAGCCGGCGACCCCAUCCUCGGCGCCUCUUUCAACGACAUCCUCGACGUCCUCGACGCCAGCUACUGCACGUCCGACGGCGGCGACGACCCGGUGAACGACAUCUCGUACCCCGACCCCAGCACGGCCGCGGGCGCCUACCACGGCACCAAGCAAUGCGGCGGCACCCCCAUCACCAAGGUGAUCUCCACGUCCUACGACUACGACGAGAACGCCCUGUCCGCCUUCUACGAGCAGCGCCAGUGCAACGAGUACCUCAAGCUCGGCCUGCUCGGCACCACGGUGCUCUACUCAUCCGGCGCGUCCGGCGUAGCCGGCAACGGCGGCGCCUGCAUCGACGAGGAGACCGGCGCGUACAACGACGGCACGUCUGGCCGCUUCAACCCGACGUUCCCCAGCAGCUGUCCGUACAUCACGUCCGUCGGCGCGACGCAGAUCCCCGCCGGCGGCUCCGUGGCCGACGCCGAGGAGGCCGCGCAGACUUCGACGUACUCGGGCGGCGGGUUCAGCAACGUCUUUGCGCUGCCUUCUUACCAGGCCGACGCCGUGGCCGCGUAUUUCGCCAGCAACUCGAGCAACGCGCUGUCGUACUCCGCGUCUCAGUACAACAACUCGCAAGCAACGCGCGGGUACCCCGACGUCAGCGCCAACGGGGUCAACUAUGUCGUGUCAGUCGACGCCGCCGCCAACGACGGGGAAUUCACGCUGUUCUACGGGGCGUCGGCCGCGUCGCCGACGUUCGGGGCUAUCAUCACGCUGAUCAACGCGGCGCGUCUGGCUGUCGGCAAAAGCACAGUGGGGUUCAUCAAUCCGUUCAUCUACGCCAACGCGGAUAUGUUUAAUGAUAUCACCUCGGGCAGUAAUCCCGGGUGUGGGACAGACGGGUUCACGGCCGUGGAGGGUUGGGACCCGGUGACGGGGCUGGGGACGCCGAAUUUCCCGAAGAUGCGGACGGCGUGGUUGGCUGCGGCAUAA